AUGAAAGUUGAAAUCGUUGUCGAUCCAAGUCGUAUCCCACCCCCACCGCUCUCAACAAGGGUCGCUCCUGCAAACAAGCAAACCGCUCCUGCAAGUGCUGGAGCAAAUGGCCAAACGGUCACCAAUGGCACCAAUCGACGAUCUGGUCGUGGACGAGGCAAAGGUGGUAACAAGGGCCCCCAGAAAAGCGCUGCUGAGUUGGAUGCAGAGGUACGUCGUCGUUCUGGUAUCUCUACAGAACAUUCCCUUGGCUAA